AACUCGGUCGUGUGUUCCCGGGGGCAACGAACCAUUGGGCGAAGAAAAACAUACCGGGUCCUGCCUUCACGCCGUACCCGGCGCCAGCUUGCUGUGUCAUGAUGCGGCGUCAAUUCAGUAUUACGCAACUGACGCGCUACGUCAAUGUUAAAGCUGCACUGACGGCUGUCGCGCCGUGCCAGGUCAUUCUCUCCCUCGAUCGGUUUGCACGACACCCGGGUGCUCGUCGCCUGGAUCUCGAAGCCGACGCUCUUCAGAUACUGCGCGAGCCCAACGCCGGCGGUAACAGCAUCGUGUCCGAGGCGCUCUCGAUGCAAUACAUGCACGAACUCCUUGGUGCCUUCGACGUCGUUACCGAGAUGCGUAUCAAGUACUGGAGCGAGAACUGGAAGAAAGUCGACUACCUUUGCUCACUGGCACCCGACUGCCGCAUCGCCGUCAGCGUCACACGCGCCAUGAAGUUUCCGGACCCCGCAGCAUGGACGGCAAGCGACGCAAUGCACUUGCUCACGAAGAAGCUUUUUGGCCUCGUCGUGGCGCGCGCUGGCGUCUGCAAAGCCCAGCGCUACACCAAGUCGAUCCUGCAUAUUUGGUGCCAAACCGACGCAAUUGCAGCCUCAAUUGCCAGUGUCUACGAAGCCGUCGUGACAGAACUUUGCAUCACAGAGAACGUCGUCCUGGUCGCGACGGUCGCCGCUGCCGAGUCGUGCAUCUUCUUUGACGAUCCAAGCAUUUUCAAAUAA